UUCAUUGUAACGGAAGGGAUCGUCGCCUAUUCCUCCUUUUUGUAACACUUUUUUUUUUGGACUGGCAAUUCCCUCCUUUCAUUUUCCCGCUGAUUUACACCCCCUUUGUGAUAAACGAGAGUCUAGUCUCCCCCGUUCUACAGGAUCUGUUGGUCCCCCCAUUUUUCCCCUUCCUCCGCUUCAAGGCCAUAGGGGGGGAACACAGUAGAAGAAGAGAGCCUUUUGACGCGGCCAGUCCUUCACGCUGGUUUUAUUUUUUUUUCCUAUUGUGAUUGCUCACAGUCCGGGAGAGCUCCUGGCUGGCCGAUUGCCUGGAAUGCGGCCGAACGAAUGCUUCGAUGAGCGUCUCCGCCCCCCUAAUUGGCACCCACUUUCUUUUCCAGCCGGAACCUAUAUGAUCGCAGUCUCUGGAAGGCCCCAGUCAGAACAAAGGCCCAGAACGCUUCUCUGCCGAGAAUUCCUUCACCUCUUUGCAGAGUGAGCAAGAGUGACCAAGACGAAUACUGCGAAAACUAGCAAAAGAGCCAUGGCAGGCACACAAUAUCACAGGCAUUCCGUACCGUCGUUGGUGGCUUCGGCGUCGUCAGCCCACGGCAACGACUUUCAAACACCGUAAGUAGCCUGCUCAUUUUAGCAAAGGGCGCAAAAAAAAGACGCAAAAGACAGUUUGGACACGCAAAAUCUGACGCCUUCUCGUCGGAUAGGUAUGGCCAUGAGCGUUCGAAUCGGUACUGGUGUCGACAGUAUUCUCCCCCGGGCGAACGCAGGCUGCCGCCUCAUGCGCAUCCGUCCGUGGCGUAUCGGCCAGAGCAUCCCAUUACGGCGGCUGUACAGCAGUCACAUCCUGCUGCUUCUCCGGCUGCGGAAGUGCGUCCAUUAGGCACCCAUCGCUCUGUUUCGCCGACUUCCUUGUCACCUCCAGAUCACAGGCUGACACCUCAACCAAUAAGUUAUUCGCCAGAAAUUGGAGCUGAUGCAUCGUCGGAUGGAUCCUCUUCCGUCGAUGGCACUGUAGACAGCGACAAUGGUUCUGGGUAUACGGGACGUAUCCGCAAAUAUGUAUGCUCGUUUGAAAAUUGCGGCAAGUCCUUUACUACCAGCGGCCAUUUAACGAGACAUAUGCGUAGCCAUGCUUCUGUAAAGCCUUUUGCCUGUGCCGUGCCAGGAUGCACAAGCCGGUUCACACGACAAGAUAAUAUGAUGGCACAUUAUCGCCAGCACAUGCAAAAAAUUUCUCAAGGAAAUGAAGACAGUUUGAAUGCCACGGAUUCCACGUCGCCGCCAGCAUCCACAGGCACCAAACGCCGUGAUCGGCUCGAGCAGAGUAAUCCUUAUCCACGGAUCUCUCCAAAAAGGACUCUAGCGCCGUCUUCAAGCCAAGUGGCCGCCCGACAGCAAGAAGACACACAUUCAUCAUUGAAAGGUCCAGAAGAGCAAGCCAAUCGUGAUCAGGUGGCGACAACCAGCACGGCAGCUUCACAUCCGUUGGAACAGGCUCCCCCCCUGUCGCCGGCGCCGCCGCCCCAACCACACCCACCCCCUGCUCCUUAUCCGCCGUAUCCAUCUCCAGUAAGUUAUGUAGCUUCAGGACCUCCGCAUAGACACUGCGUAUGCGGCGCGUAUCCCAAUCCGUAUUACCCUCCCAAUGUUACGCAAUGGGAUCCAUCGUUACCGCCCGUCACAUCAAACUAUCCGCCGUCAUGUCCGCCAGCAGCGAUGCCUUAUUCCGAACCACCCCCAGUGUCGCAGUCUUCAGGACCGCCUACGCAGACACCGGACUACUUUUCUUACCACCCCGAGCGUCCUUAUAUUUCAGGUCAUGCACCUUAUCCACAACCUGCUGGACAAGUUGCCUAUCGACCAGCGCCAAUGGCGGAGGAGAAAAGGUCUCAGUCACCAGCUGGUCAGCCCCCGUGUUCACCUGCAGAUCCGUCAGCAAUGCCGACACCUCCAUUGGCAUCCCGGCAUGUACUUGUGCAUCCUCCUGCUCCAGUUCGCCCUCCUCCACCUAACUGGGGCCCGUUCCCAGCACCACCCAAUCCCGCAAAGCCACCCCAUUCUGCAGAGUCCACCGGAGCGGUCGCCCCAGCUGGUCCUGCUCCGUAUGGACCACCGGCGCAUCCGCAUGUGAAACCCCCUUUCCAUCCAUCUCCCUCUGGAAAAGAUCAACAAGUGCAGCCCUUCUUGGCACCCAAUCCUCCAACCGAGUACUACCCGUAUUCUCAACCAGGAUACCAUCCGCAUCCACCGCCCGUGUCAACCCAUGACCCGAACCAGUCCUUUCCGGAGUACGCUGGUUACACCCACCCGCAUUACGCAUACUAUCAUGGUCACCACCCAUAUGGAGGUUAUGCAUAUCCCACAUACCCACCGCACCCUGGACACUAUGCAAGAUGGCAAUCACCCCAUUACUAGAGUUGGAAUUAUGUACAUGUUGUGUUUAUUUGUUGUCUUUUUGACUGGACGCGAAAUAUCAAUAAUUGUAUUUAGAUUCGAAGGAACUUUGCUUGGGAGUAUAGGAUGAUAUUUAUUAGAGAAGGGUAUUACGUCCUGUUUCUUCGUUUGUGGGUCGUUGCGUCUUGAUCCGAUGUAAACAUUGACUGUAAAAAUAUCGAGUAAUGACUUUGGA